AUGAAUGGAAACAACAAUCAAAACAAGCUGAUGCCACCAAAUACACCAACGGGGUUGAAGUAUGAACGCGUUAUCGUCUAUAGCAUAAUCUUUCUAUUCAUAAUCGCAGGAAUGGUACUACUGUUUUACGUUAUCUACCUAACAUACCCUUCGAGCGAUAAGAUCAUCAGUAGGGAAAUAUUUUUUGAGGACGAUUCUUAUUCCAAGUCCAUUCCCAAUCUCGGAAAUGGGCACGUGGUCAUUGAUCGUAACAACUGGGGUGCACAGAAUGUACAUGGACCGUACGAGCUGACACACCCCAUACCGUACGUGCUGAUAACUCACAUAGGCGUCCACUCGGAGAACUGUCCCGAUGUGCACGUUUGCUCCAUCAAGAUGCGCACACUUCAGGAUGCAGCGAUCGCUGAGCGGAAUCUCCAGGACAUACCGAGCAAUUUUUACAUCGGUGGUGAUGGAAACGUGUAUGUUGGGCGUGGGUGGGAUACGGCUAACGCGUACGCCAACAUGUCACUGGCCGUUUGCUUUAUGGGUGACUAUGGACGAUAUGAACCAAACGAUCUUCAACUGUCGGCCCUAGAACAUCUGAUGACUUACGGAGAGAAAAAUGAUCUUUUCACGAAAGAUUACAAAAUUGUUGCACACUCCCAGACACGAGCAACACGGAGUCCCGGUAUAAAACUGUACGAAAAGAUAACGAAACUGUCCAGAUGGUAUCCAUGCGGACAAGCCGGUUAUGAAAAGUGUGGCGUAGAGAUCGGUCUACCGGCCGUUUGGGCUCAAGAAUAUCAGAAAACCACUACAGCGACAAAACCUCCCAACAGUAAUAACACGCAAACUAUUUAG